CUCUCUCUCUCUCUCUCUCUCUCUCUCUCUUUCUCUCUCUCUGUCCCCCUCCCCACCUCUCCUACUCAUUUAUAUAUUUCUUUUUAUCUUAUUUCCAUUCUGGCUGCCUUCCAUUCUUUGUUCUCCUUCCCCCUAUUCUUUUCCUCUUAUUUAAAAUUUAUUAUGAUUUCAUUGAAUAUCUGUAUAUAAGACACAACAACAUUAUGAGAAUUAAGAAAACAUAUCCGUAUUUAGAUAGUCGGCUGAAGAUUUCAUCUCCGUCACGUUAUUUUCUAAUAUCGUUCUUUUUGUAGUAUUAACGAACAUGAAAUUAGCUAUAACUAGAGAAUUUAAACCAUUUUUCCUUUUGUGUUUUUUUCUUCAAGAUGGUCAGCAAGUAAGACUCGUAAAAGGGUCGAAAGUUGGAUAUGUACCAAUUUUAGCUCACGAUGAAAGAGAGGAGGAUGAAGAAAGGAAUUCCUUAAAGGAGAAGGAAAGCAAAGCUUCUGUGGUCUCAUCAACAUCUGCUUCCAAAUCGGUCGACUCCUAUGAGACACGAACCUAUCCGUCCUUCUCGCAGUCAAUAGGAGGCGCUACUUCGACAUAUUCACUAGGUUCUCAGGAUUCCCAAUUGCAAAAGGGGCCCAUUGAUCCUAACGAACAACCGGAAAUUAACGAAGUUAACGUUAUUUUCGUCAGAUAUCCGGAUGAGUGCUGCCCAAAGUGUUGUAUGCAAAGCUUCCUCUGUAAAUCUGCAUGCUGUACAAGUCUUAACGAAACGCCACUGGGGAAAAAAUGGUGGUCUUUUCGGUGUUAUACUUAUCAAUUGGUAGAACACAAAUACUUUGAAACUUUCAUCAUCGUCAUGAUCGUCAUCUCUUCUUUAACUUUGGCUAUUGAGGACGUACAUCUACCACAAAGACAAACUUUAAGAUUGGCUUUAAAAUAUAUGGAUAAGGUCUUCACCGUAAUCUUUGCUUUUGAAAUGCUUGUUAAAUGGGCCGCCUAUGGUUUUAAGAAAUAUUUUACAGACGCUUGGUGCUGGUUGGAUUUUAUAAUCGUCGCCAUAUCCUUAGUUAGUUUAGCCGCUGAGGAAUCAGGAUUAGGUAAUAUAUCAGCGUUUAGAGCGUUAAGAACGCUGAGGGCUCUCAGACCUCUACGAGCCGUCUCCAGAUGGGAAUCUAUGAAGGUGGUCGUGAAUGCUUUAAUUCAAGCUAUACCAUCCAUUUUUAACGUAUUAUUGGUCUGCUUUGUCUUUUGGUUGAUAUUUGCAAUUAUGGGCGUUCAAUUAUUUAGUGGUAGAUUUUACAAAUGCGUAAAUGAAAAGGACGAACGUUUGAACACCAGCCAUGUUCCCGAUUAUGCUACUUGCAUGAAUUUAUCAAAAGCAGGUUAUAACUACACAUGGAAAAAUUCUCGAAUUCAUUUUGAUAACGUCCUAAUGAGCCUUCUGGCACUUCUCCAACUGCAAAAUGAACAAACAUGUCAAACAAUCGGCUUGUCAUACCAGGCUACAUUUAAAGGAUGGCUACAAAUUAUGCACGACGCCGUAGAUAGUGGUGCUAAGAAAGGUCUACAACCCAAGUUCGAAGAGAGAGUCUAUAUGCACUUCUAUUUCGUCUUAUUCAUCAUUUUUGGUGCCUUCUUUACUCUUAAUUUAUUCAUUGGUGUUAUAAUAGACAAUUUCAACAUGCAAAAGAAGAAAGCGGGAGGUAGCUUAGAGAUGUUUAUGACGGAAGAUCAGAAGAAAUAUUACAACGCCAUGAAAAAACUGGGUUCGAAGGCCCCUCAAAAGCCUAUUCCAAAACCAAAGCUCAAAUUAGCCUUAUUUUUCUUCAAAUUAACGACAAACCAAAAGUUUGAUAUUGGUAUUAUGAUUGUCAUUAUGUUAAACAUGGUUGCAAUGGGUUUAGAACAUUAUGGACAGAGUAAAGCUGUUGAAACAGCCCUUAGCCAAAUUAAUCUACUAUUCAUUGUCGUUUUUACAUUGGAAGCCGUCAUGAAAAUCAUAGGAUUACGUUGGUACUAUUUUAAACAACCUUGGAAUGUAUUCGAUUUUGUCGUCGUUGUCUUCUCGAUUCUCGGUCUGACAAUGAAGGAUAUAAUAUCUAGUUACUUUGUCUCGCCAACACUUUUAAGAGUAGUCCGAGUUUUCCGUGUGGGUAGGGUGCUAAGGCUAGUCAAAUCUGCAAAAGGGAUCCGAACGUUGUUGUUCAGUCUGGCCGUGUCAAUGCCCGCCUUGUUCAAUAUCGGAUUGCUACUCUUUCUAGUCAUGUUCAUCUAUGCCAUAUUCGGAAUGUCAUUCUUUAUGCAUGUUAAACAUACACAUGGAAUAGACGACAUGUUCAACUUUGAAACAUUCUUUCAAUCGAUCAUUGUGCUAUUCCAGGUAUCAACUAGUGCUGGAUGGGAUGGUGUUUUAGCAGGCUUAAUGAAUGAGGUAGAUUGCAAUCCCGUCCCAACAAAAGAAUUACCGAAUGGUAAUUGCGGUAAUGCGGCUUUGGCUACUUUUUUUAUUGUCAGUUACUUAGUAGUCAGCUUCCUCAUCGUUAUGAAUAUGUUUAUUGCUGUGAUCCUCGAAAACUUUAGCCAAGCUACGGAGGAUGUUCAGCAAGGACUUACACAAGAUGACUUUGAUAUGUAUUACGAAAUUUGGGAAAAGUUUGACGAGGAGGCGACUCAAUAUAUACCUUAUACAAAAUUGCACGAAUUUGUUGAUACACUAGAAGAACCCCUUCGUAUACCACUACCAAAUCAUUUUAAACUCGUCCAACUUAAUAUUCCAAUAUGUGAAGACGAACUAGUUCAUUGUGUCGAUAUUCUAGACGCACUCACUAAAAACUUCCUCGGAACCAUAGACGAAGGGGAGAUGGGUGAAGUUAAAGCCGUAAAUGAUAGACCAAACUAUAAGCCUACAUCAUCAAUGUUGAAGAGACAAAGAGAAAUGGUCUGCGCUAGAAUUAUUCAGAGAACAUGGCAGAACUUUGUAGCUAGGAAGAAAGCGCAGAGAGAAACGCAUAUUAUAGUAGAUAUAGCCGAAGAGGAGGAGGAAAGUGAACCAGUAGAACUGAAAGCUCAAAGUUCUGCUGUCGCUUAA